GAACGGAGCAAGAUGGCGGCGACCAAGAUGGCUCUGAUGAUGCUGAUGGCGAUGGCGGCAGCCUCGCUUGCCCAGCCCCUGAUCGAGGCUCACCUGCACAUUGCUACCCGCCACGAGCAGGUGGCUGCUGAGGUCAACCAAGCCCAGACCAGCUGGACAGCCGGCGUGAACAGCCGCUUCGCGCGCGCCACCGAUGACUUUAUCAAGAGCCAGAUGGGUGUGCUUGAGGGUGGUCCUCAACUCCCCGAGAAGGACAUUGCCGUGCUUGCCGACCUGCCCACCGCUUUCGACUCUCGCGAGCAGUGGGGCUCCACCUGCCCUUCCACCAAGGAGAUCCGCGACCAGGCUGCUUGCGGCUCGUGCUGGGCUUUUGGUGCCGUCGAGUCGAUGACUGACCGCAUCUGCAUCGCUUCCAAGGGCUCUCUGCGCCCCCACAUCUCUGCUCAGGAUCUGAUGACCUGCUGCCUCUUCACCUGCGGCAGCGGCUGCAGCGGUGGCUACCCCUCGGCUGCCUGGUCCUGGUUCAAGACCACCGGUAUUGUCACCGGCGGCAACUACAACUCGAGCCAGGGCUGCCAGCCUUACUCGCUCCCCAACUGCGACCACCACGUCUCUGGCCAGUACCCCGCCUGCUCUGGUGAGGGCCCCACCCCUGCCUGCAAGAAGUCCUGCGAGGCUGGCUACAACAACACAUACUCGAACGACAAGCACUUUGGUGCCACCGCUUACUCUGUCGCCGGCGAGGCCGACAAGAUUGCCACUGAGAUCAUGACCAACGGCCCCGUUGAGGGUGCUUUCACCGUCUACGAGGAUUUGUUGACCUACAAGUCUGGUGUCUACCAACACACCACCGGCCAGGUUCUCGGUGGCCAUGCCAUCAAGAUUAUCGGCUGGGGUGUUGAGAGCGGCGUCGACUACUGGUGGGUCGCCAACUCCUGGAACAACGACUGGGGAGACAACGGCUUCUUCAAGAUCAAGAAGGGCGUCGAUGAGUGCGGCAUUGAGAGCCAGAUUGUUGCUGGCAUGCCCAAGCUCUAAACAGCUUGUUUCUUGGUUUUUCCCCCCUCUUUUCUUCCUUUUUUUUUUAAACUUUUGCGUGCUUGAUGUGAGUCCCGAGGCCAUAUCUCUCUGAGUCUCAAUCGAGCCGUUGAAUUUC